UAAUUGAUGAUAAUUAUGUGAUUAUUGCUUCAGUGUUUGUUGCAAUUUCUUUUAAUUGCUUUUUAAAGGUUCUUUCUUUUCACAAAGUGGCACAGUAGCAAAGAUAAGUUGCUAACGAGCUUUUUAAAAAAAUGAAUGAGCUUUAGCUUAACUAACACGGACACGCUGUUUCUGACACCUUCAUCCAGUCCGGAUCUUGAGAUGUGUAUCUGCGUGAGUGUGUGCCUCUGAAAUGGUACACCAGCCAUAACAGCUGGGCCGCAUCUGCAACGCUGCUCUUUCCUCAAGCGUAAAAUUAGCCAGCAAACUCUUAAACAUGGAGUCAAUCUUGACCGCUUUGUUUUGAGAUAAUAGAAGUUACAUUUAAUUGUUCGGUUAAAAUUUUUACUAAAAUGAAACUCAUCUCUCCAACUUUCAGGGGGCCCAGGCAGAUAUAUAUCCGUGGAUCUUAACUAUAUGCAAUCAAUUGUUAAUACUUUUAAAGAGUUUUAAUAAUCAAUACAAAUUCAUGGACAAGUUAGGAGACAAAAUGUAAAUGGCUACAGAUUAAAAAAAGAUAUAAAAGUAUAAAAGCCCUGAAGUAAAGUAAGGUCUAAAGUAGACAAUGAAAGCAAGAGUUUCUUCACAUGAAUGUUUAUUGGUGAUAAUUCUCUCUUGUAAUGACCGUCACACUGUUGAACUGAGUGAGAAACCACCCCUCCACACAGAUGUGGGAAACUCAGUAGGGGUGUUGGGUUUGGGAUCUGGUGAGGAAGGGGGGUCUCUGAGCCCUGCCUCGGCCAAUGGGCCACGGUCACUAGGGCUGACCAGUGUGGGCCCCGACAUAUAAGAAGGGCAGUAUGGCACCAGAGAAACCACAUCACUCAGAGGUCGCCCCCUCACAGAUCGCCUACAUCUACACAAAUCUAACCAAUCAUGGACGUAUUCUCUACAUCCCAGAUCUUCUAUGACAGCACCUGUGCAUCAUCGCCUGAAGGUUUGGAGUUUGCCCCCGGAGGUGAACUGGCGGGGUCUGAAGAGGACGAGCACGUCCGGGCCCCAGGGGCCCCACACCAGCCGGGUCACUGUCUCCAAUGGGCCUGCAAAGCUUGUAAGCGCAAAUCCAGCACGGUGGACCGCCGGAGAGCUGCCACUAUGAGGGAGCGCCGCAGGCUGAAGAAGGUGAACCAUGCGUUUGAGGCACUACGGCGCUGCACCUCGGCAAACCCCAGUCAGCGUCUUCCCAAAGUGGAGAUCCUGAGGAACGCCAUCCACUACAUCGAGAGCCUUCAGGAUCUCCUCAGGGAACAAGUGGAGAACUACUACAGCCUGCCAAUGGAAAGCAGCUCUGAGCCCGCCAGCCCCUCAUCAAGCUGUUCUGAAAGCAUGAUUGACUGCAACAGUCCUGUCUGGCCUCAGAUGAAUCCAAACUUUGGGAAUAACUACAACUUUGAAGCACAAAAUGCUAGCGCAGUGGGCAGAACUCCAGGAGCGUCCAGUUUGCAGUGUCUCUCCAGCAUCGUGGACAGGCUGUCCUCUGUAGAUACGGGAGUUGCGGUGGGAAUGAGGAACAUGGUUGCUCUCUCUCCGACUGGAAGUGAUUCCCAGUGCAGUUCUCCAGACAGUCCCAGCAGCAGACCAGUCUACCACGUCCUGUGAGACUCCAGCCUGGUUACCUGCUGCCACAGAACGCUCUGCAGGAUCAUUCACAUUGCAUGUUCAGUUAUGAAGCAUUUUGGAUAAUUUGAUAAUGCUUUCAGAUAACUAUAAGAAUGUAGUUAUUGCAAACCUCCAUUCAGCUCAAAGUCAAAGAUUUGCCUCAAAAUCUUGUCUGAAAAUGCAAAACAAGUCUUCUUCACACAUUCUGUGUUUGACUGGUUAUAAUUUGGUUUAUUUGCUCAUGUUUUAUGUGGUCAUGGCUUAAUAAAAGCCAUAAUAUCCAUGUAUAGAUAGCAGAUCUUUUUACCAUGUUGACCGACUGUACGGAUGAACUACAUUGAAACUGGUUUUAUUUAUCAAUAAUAAUCGUUAAAUGCUGUUUUUUAAUAUUAGCCUUCAAUGUUAUCCGCUUAUUUUGUAAAUAAGAUUGUACAUAAUUUAAGUGACUGUUAUUGUAUUCAUGUAAUGUUGUUUCUGUCAUAUUUAAUGAACAUCCUUGCAUAAAGGGACUUUUUCACAAUAA